UAUAAGAACCACAAGGUGUAUAUAUAUAAUGACUUAUAAUUUUUACUCGCAGUCAAGUCGUUUGUUGCUCAUUAUAGGAGAUACGAAUAUUUUACACAUUUGUCAUCAUAAAGGCAUUUGUUGACAAAAAUUUCCGAAUCGAACUAUCUGUUGUAAUCAGGUUAUGGAUUCCAGAAUGUGUAUUGCAUUCAUACUAGUCGUGGUGGCUAUAGAUGUUAGUAAUUCUUUUCCUUUUGUAUCGAAAAAGACCAUGGACGAACUCAAGACCUUAAGAGAAAAACUAAAACAGUUUGGAAUCGAAAUAAAAAACAAAUUCAGUGGACUUGAAACUGAUCUUCAAUCCAUUGAGAGCGAUAUUGCAAAAAGAAAGUUGUUUGAAAAGUAUAAUGGACAUUGCUAUUACUUUGGAGAAGAUCAACUUAGCUGGUCUGACGCACAGCGGAAGUGUCAACUUAUUGGAGGAAAUCUUGUUAAAAUUGAAGACUCAUCUGAAAACACUUGGUUGAAAUCCAAUACCAACGGGGCAGGAACCAUUGCUUAUUGGAUUGGACUAUCCGAUCUUGUCGAGGGUGAAUUUCGCUGGACCAGUGACCAGGAAGUUGUAAGCUAUAAAAACUUUGAUCAUGGACAACCAAAUAACUUAAGAGGAAACCAAAAUUGUGUUUACCUCGACUACAAUGCAGGAAAAUGGGACGACGCAACUUGUGGAAAUAACCACAAGUACAUAUGUGAACAUGAUUUUUGUUAUUGAACAUGGUGAAUUAUAAGCAACGACAAAGAAGAAUCUACAAUAUAUACCAAUACCGUAAAACGUUUGAAUUAAAGGUGUCUGUUUAUUUUGCUAUUAACAGUC